GGAGGAGAAGCAGGAGGAGGAGGAGGAGGAGGAGGAGGAGGAAGAAGCCUGACGCGGGACGUUUGUGGAGCGGAGCACCGCGGAUUUCCUCCAGCUGGCAACCAGGGGCACAAUGAUGGGAAUAACUGUGGAAUGAUAAGGACCGUUAGCUCAGGAUGGGCAGGCGCAGAGAUCAGCUUUAACUUCAGCCGGUGGCGGUUCAGCUUGGAAAUGGAUGAGUUCCAUCCAUUCAUUGAGGCUCUGCUGCCCCAGGUUCGUGCCUUCGCUUAUACAUGGUUUAACCUCCAGGCCAGAAAGAGGAAGUACUUCAAAAAACAUGAGAAGAGGAUGACUAAAGAAGAAGAGAGAGCUGUUAAAGAUGAAUUACUGGGAGAAAAAGCAGAGGUGAAACAAAAAUGGGCUAGUCGACUUUUGGCGAAACUAAGAAAAGACAUCAGACCUGAAUGCAGAGAGGACUUUGUCUUGUCAAUCACUGGGAAGAAGGCUGCGUGUUGUGUCUUGUCAAAUCCUGACCAGAAAGGCAAAAUGAGACGAAUAGACUGUCUCAGACAAGCUGACAAGGUGUGGAGGUUAGACUUGGUGAUGGUUAUCCUCUUUAAGGGAAUUCCUCUAGAAAGCACAGAUGGAGAGCGUCUGGUUAAGGGAGGCCAGUGCUCCAAUCCUGUUCUCUGUGUCCAGCCACGACACAUCUCUGUUUCUGUGAAAGAGCUAGACCUUUACCUCGCCUUCUAUGUGCAGGAGAAAGAGGCAGAGCAGAGUAACAGUCCCAGUCGUACUGGAGUUGGCUCUGAUCAGGAGGACAGUCGAACAGCAACUAUAGAUGGCCCAGAGUUCCAGGAAAGUUUUGUGACUUCAGGAGUUUUCAGUGUUCCUGAGUUGGUCCAGGUCUCAAGAACUCCAGUAGUUACAGGAGUGGGACCUGGUUUCUCUAUUGGGGAGCUUCAAGGUCAUCUGGCCUAUGACCUUAACCAGUCCAUCAACCAACCGGUCAGCCUGCGACGGUCGUUGGCCAGCACGUCCUCCAGCGGGAGUAAACGCCUUAAGUCCGGCUCCAUUGAAGAGGAUGCUGACAGUCCUGGAGGGGAGUAUUACCAUUCACCUGCAUCUCCUGCAAGCAGCUCCAGGAACUGGACUGAUGACUUGGAAGGAGGUUUGUCUCCCCCAGUGAAGAAGGCAGAGCUGGACAGCCCUUCUCCACAGGAGGGCUCACCAAGGAUGGGAUCCUUCACUCAGCACCACCGGCCAGUCAUAGCAGUGCACAGUGGUCUCUCUCGAUGUCCUCAUCCCUCCUCAUCACUUCACUUUCCGUCUUCUUCCUACUUUGCCCAUGGAGCAAUCCGAUACCCCCCCCAUCUGGCCCAGGACCCAUUGAAGGAUCUAGUCUCAUUGGCCUGUGACCCUGCAAAUCAGUCCCCCAGUUCUCUGAAUGGCAGCACUCAGGUUAAAGUGCCCAGCCAUUAUAUCUCCUCCCAGAUGUUAGCGCCCCCUGGACCAGCAUCCUCCCUCCCCAGACCAGCAGUUCCCACAGAGUCCAAAGCUUCUACCUCCUCCUCUGAUGGGGGGGCAAAUUCCCCUACGUCACCCACAUACUCUGCUCCUGGGACCCCACCUGCCAGCCGGUCUUCCUUCGUUGGAGUCAACCCUCGAGACCCUGGAGGGCUGUACCAAGCCCAGUCUUGGUAUCUGGGCAACUAAGCGAACUUUGGCAGAAAGCUGAUGAAGCUGACAGCACGCUCCUGGAGGAAAUAAUCCCAUCAAGACACUAUCAGAGCAGAAAAUAUGUCCAGUUUUCUAGAAAUGCCACACCCUGGUUUCAUGCAUACAUAAAUAUAUAUGACCAUGUAUUUAUGUAUGCUUUUCACAGGAGAGGACCACCUAGAUGGAAGGUGGAUGCUGCUCAGCCUGAUUGAACUCUGCUGUAAUACUACAUAACUGUCAUAACUGACAGCUUCUGGGAUUUCACAUGAAGACUGUGGGUUGGUAAAGCCGUCAGAUUGGUUUUUAAAGAACUACGCAUCAACUCUGCAGGUUCUAGGAAGCUUGUAAGCCCACUGCAUCCCAAGGAUGGACCCUGUUGUCCCAGGAUACAUGUCAGCCUUUAUUCCAGGCUGUCCGCUUUAAGUCCUUCUGGAGGCCUGUAUACAUCCCAGCUCCAAUGACCGGAACCCCUGCCUUCAUCAAUGCAGGUGCUGCUUUUAAUAUAUGCAAACAAGCCUCCAUUCAUUUCCAGACUGACUAGAAUGUUUCUAUAUAUGUUUGUUUGCACUUUUUAGUCUUUAUUGAGAUGAGCUGAGUUUCUUUUUCAUUCCCAUCCUUCCUGAGACAGAAGCUUUCUUUUUUUUGACAAUCAUCAAGCUGAAGCUUUUAGGUUGCAUUGCAAAAUGUUUAAUAUGCUUUUAAGAUGAAAACAAGGAGUGAAAUAAGAUUUCUCUUCUUGCCUUGUUCAACACAACACAACACAAGCACUUUUAGAGAUUGAGAGGAAAAGCUAGUAAACUUCUGUGGAUGUUUGGGACAACAUGCUGGAGAUGUCUGUUCCUAUGGAGACACAGGUUUAUGCCUGUGAGUCAGGACACGUUGACAUACAGUCAUGUUUCUGGGUAAUGAAGGUGAUCAGUGUAGAAAGCAAUGCAGCAACCUGCGAAUGCUUACCAGUUUGUGUUUGUGUAUUCUCUUUCCUGCUCUGUUCUGAGGAGAUGUUAUGUUCAUGUGUCUGUUUUGGAGCAGAAAGCCAACAGUGCACUAUGGUCAUGUUGACCUCCCUUUUUUUGAGAAAGACUUGGUAUUGUGGAGUGUUGCUAAGUCUAACUGUGCUCUAAAGUGUUUGUGGUGUGCAGGAGCUCUACAUACUGAGCUGAAGAGAGGAGGACAGUGUCUCUUUGACUUCUAGAAAGAGUAUUGGGCUCUGUUAGGUUCUGUAAUGGCCAACCUCAACCCUAUGUGCACUGUAUGUGCACUGUGUGUUACCUCAGGUUGAGUUUUCAGACCAGAGCUGACAUCAGCAAUGGCGUAAGGAGGUAAUCCAGGACCAGGAUUUAAAGGUAGAUGUUGUUUUUCAUGAUGCUAGACGUUUGGGGUCAGCUGUAAAAUACUGCUUUAGUCAAUUAUUAUUAUUAUUAUUAUUAUUACUAAAUCGUGCUGCAUAGAACAUAUUAAACAUAAUCAGUGUUGAAUUUCAUCAGAGUAAUCCCCUGCUGUCUUUAUGAGACUCAAAUCCACAUUCUUAUAAUGAAACCGAAUCACAGCAGUAUUCUCAUUAUCUUUAGUCCUACACUCCUUUAGUACAUAACUCGUCAUCACUCUUUCAUUUGUUGCUAUGGAGAUCAAAACACUAAACAUAAGUUAACAAAGAAAUACUUGUCCAGGACAGAUAGUACAGACCCAUUCAAUGAAUUAGAAUAUUAUCGAAAAGUCAAUUUAUUUCACGAACUUUAUCUGUAAGUGAAACACAUGGUAUAGAUUAAUAACACACAGGCGGAUAUUCGAAAGCCCUUAUUUCCAUUAAUAAUGACAAUUAUCCACUUACAUUUAAUGAAAAUAUGACAAUUAAAAUAAAUAAAAUAAAAUAACCAUUUUAAUACAGAAAUGUUGCCUUAUAGUUAAAAGUAUGUUUAAUACUUUAACUUUAAUGCUUAAAGGUAAUUUUCAAAAGUUGCUUUUGAUCUGACAAAUGAGCCUCAUCGGAACACAUAUUAUAAGUUAUUUAAUACAUUUGAGCAAACAAAGACUAGUAUAAUUAAGAGUUUACCAAAAUGUGUCCAUCGGAUGGUGAUGGGUUCUAGAAGAACUAAAAAGCACACUAAAUGUUCCUGUUUGUAAAAGCCUAAUGACACUUUAAGGCUUGGUACUCAAUGUUUUGCUCAUCAUUUGUGUGACCUAGAAUGUCCUGCAGUUUGUUGUCUGAAGUCUAAACAUGGUGUAAUCUGUCUUGUCCUGGGCAGAAGUCAGACAUCUGGUGGAAACCAGUAAUACACAAGACUGGGCCCCAUAGCAGCACGGGAUCAUAAAAGGUCUGAAUAUCUGGCAAAGCACAGAGACUGUGACCCUCAGUCUACAGUUCACUUUGCUGUUCUAUACUCCAUGAUGCAGCAGUUUUAUUUCCCACCUUGAACAUCUACAAACUAAAUUUUAUGUUAUAACAGUGCACUUUAUCUGAUUAGAGCUGUUGUUUAUCAGCUCAUUUCAUCCCAUCACUUUCAGUAUUAGCUGCUUAGUAGUGUUUUUGUCCAAACCUUGCAUGUUUUAAUGAUGAAAGUUAUUUUGUACCUGCUUUGACAUAAUUUCAAAUAAUCUUCUUUAUCAGAAUUGUCAAACUCCACUCCUCAAGUGGUUUGUGUCUGGAUGUUUAAUGAUCACGAGGGAUGACUGGUGGGCCUCUGCAGAGCUGAUCUGCAGCUGCAGAGCUGACUCAGCCAUGAAUCUGAGGUAGAGAUUCAGCCAUGCAUUCAGCUGUGUUACAGCAGGCUCACAUCUAACACAACACUUCUCCUAGCAAAGAGCUGAACACCUUUGUUCUAUAAUACACUCCUAGUCUGUGUCCAAAGUGUGUACUGUCAGCCAUUUGCAGCCAUCAGAAUGAAUUUGUAACCUCCACUGAAGGAUGGUACCAAUCAUUUGCUGCAUAUUUAAUACAGAACAGACAACCAAGGCCUUUCAGAGCACAUGCAGUCUAGUUAAAGUCUUAAAAUGGAAAAAUACAAAGCAUUCAUCCUUUAUAAACUAUGUUUUGGUGCUUUAAUUUAAAUAUCCAAGGAAAUAAAACCACAAACAUCCAGUAACUUUUUGUCAAAGGCAGAGUAUGGUGCAGCCGUUAAUCUUAAAUACAGCAAGGUUUGUCAAAGAAAAAGUGACCCAUAUUCGGUUAUGAGAUUCAGAAUUAAAUUUUGUUCAAGAAAAGAUUUUGCCCAGAAAAUCUAGAAUGUAUUAUUUCUGUUUUGAUAAGGAAAAUAUACAAACCCCUGUUAUUGCAUAGUCAAUGAUUUACAGGUCUUCUAGAAAAGUAUGACUAGUUUUUUUCAUUUUAUUGAAAUAUUCUGUUUAUUCUAUUGUUGUGCAAGUAAAAGAAUUAAGAAAUGAUUACCGUUUUAGAUCUAAUCUAAUUUUUGGGCCGUCAAGUGCUUUAAACCUGAUGAUGGCUUUCAUGGCAAAAGUUAGGACACUUCUAGUCCAUCUCACUAUGGAAAUGUGGCUCUCUCAUGGUAAUAUCUGGCUGGUUUGAUCAGGGUUCAGAUUCUGUCAUAUUUCAGAAGUGUGGCCCAGUUGGGGCCCAAAACCACAAUCAACAAACAGGCCAUACAAAAAUAUUAUACAGUAAAUGAUAUGCCAAAUGUAAUAUUUCUGUGAACUUUUUUUUUUCGGAUUUUCAAAAUACUGACUUACCAGGAGAAAUCCAGAACUGUUGCGAGGUUUACAGGCAGAAAAUUGAAGCAAGUCGGGAUGAAAAUCAUAACAGCUGGUUAAAAUAUGGAUGUGAUUUAGCGAAGGAGUGACCUGAUCUGACUUUACAUCUUCUAUAUUUACUUAUUAAAUAUUGCUUGUACUUUAUUCAUGUUGAGAACAUUACAAAACGUGAUCCAGAUCUAUGUUUGGUGGUUUUUUUAAAUAUUUUGAUGGUUCAUCAUGCGUGGUGAAGUUCUGAUAAAAUUGCAGCUGUUAUAUUGUACAAACAAUUGCGAUGCAAUAUUUUUUUUUCUAUUGACUUGUCUCAAGCUUUAACAAGACUCCUGCUGAAUUGUGCUUUUACCAAAAUAUAGCCAUCAAGUGUUGGAAGCCACUGUGUGCAGAUGCAGGACGCUUACCUGUUUGUGUUUGUCCACUACUUUCUCUUGCAUGUCAAAGCCUCCAUAUGGAUCUUGUUAGGUGCUACAUGUAGAGAAAAUCCAUCAAAUUUAGUCUCACAAUGAUUCUUCCCUCCACGCACGUUUGGACUUUCUACCAACUUCAAGCUCAAAAGGAAGCCACACAAGUGUCACUUCCUUUCCCUUUGGUGGGAGUCUCGCCUGUUCUGCAUGGUGCUGCCACUACUGCUGUGCUGACCAAAGGAAUGCAUGGCAUUGCCUAAUAAAUCCCAACUUUUAUCAUGCUUUACCUUGCAGUACUCUGGAGCAGCUGAUGGAGAGCCUCUUUGUGUCUUUCUGUUUUUACUACAGCACUGCUUUUUUGCACGAUAGUUCAUAAAACACAUUGUGUGCCUUGCCUAUACCUAGGAAGCAGUAAAACAUUGAGGAAAGCUGAAAUGCAGCAGGCAGCACUUUUAGAGGUGCAUGAGGGAGUUUCUUGUCAUUCUGCAGGGUUGCAGAUGUUUUAGGUUGACCAACUGUCGAUUUUCCACAUUUAGGUUGUGUCUGUAUUCUCAGAGCUUUGAUGAUUUAGUGAUUGAAGUGAUUGUAUGUAAAAUAAUCUGAUGUCAAAGUUUCUGUAUGUUUCCCUAAGAAAGAUUGCUCCAGACAGAGUCUGCUACUUUGUGGCUCCUUCAGAUUUAUAAACAGCUCUUUGAGUCUUCAGCACUGAUUGGUCAUAGUUGAGUCAUAUUGUGUUAGACCAUGGAACACCUCUAUCAGUGUAGUGAACUUCCAACCCUGUGACCAAGUCAUGGAAUGUUCAGAUUCAUUCCCCAUCACACUGGUGCAUAUUUAUAUCACGAGUGAAUGAAUUACCCUGUGUGAAGGAAAUGGCUUUCCAGCAUGACCUCUGUGUAUAUCUGAUGCCGCAGUGUAGAUUAUAGGAUUUCCAGUUAAAACUGGAUCCACUAGUUAAUGGCUAGAAUCAGUGUAGAGUGAGCACUGCAAUCUAGAACGCAAUAUAGCCCACAUGUAGGCGCCGCUGAAACGUAUGUAAACACUAUGCAAUGACCUGAUAAUAACCUUAUACCAUACAAGUUUGCUAAGUUAUGCAGACACUCAAUCUGCACUGAUGAAGAGUCUCUCAUCUUGCUUUCUACAAAACCAUGUGAUGCCAGCUGUAGUCUGAAAACGAUUUAACAGCGUUAGAUAUUGAGCUGCUUACCACAGCAGGCUGAAAUCAAAAGACAACCGGACUUUCACUCACUUUUCCCUAUAAACCUCAACUGCAAGCCUCCAGAAUUGACAAAGGCUACAUUCAGACAGCAGGUGUUGAUAUCCAAUGUUUUUCUCUGUGGAUGUUUUUAUUACUAAUUAAAUGGAACCGCAAUCAGACUUCUGAGUUUAUAAGCCCCAAAGCAGCCCACAUGCACAAAAGAAGAAUGUUUAUGGCAGUAAUAAUAGCCGCUGCUAUCUAUGGAUGGAUUUUAAAGUUGCUGAGAGCUGGCAGCAUGGUCACCAGAUCGUCACCAGACGAAGGAAGCUGAUGAAAAGAAAGCCCAGCUAGCAACUACGGCCUGCAGUGGAGCACUGACUGCAGCUUCUAGAGAGAAGUUUGUUUGGAUGUGGAGUCGGACCAGGAAUGGUGGGAUUGAAAGGUGUUGCUUUACUGACUCAGACUUCUUUCAGCAUUUCAUAAUUAUAAUUUUCAACUGUUGUUUACAUCUGAAUUUACCAUGUAUGGCUUCUUCUUGUGUAGAAUUAUAUAUCUCUUUGUUGAUGUAAAAAUUGGAUAAAAUGACAUGACCAUUCACACUGCAGACACUUUGAAAGCUAUCAGAUACAAUUUAGUCCCACAUAUGGAAGUGGCACAGAUCAGAUUUUUUUUUUUUUGGUGAAUGAAAUCUGAAAUGCGCUGUUCAGAUUGCUGUGAAAAAGUCAAAUAUAGAUCACAUUUUGGCAAAAAAUUGUAAUUGGGUCGCAUUGGCCUGCUGUGUGAACUCCUGGACAGGGAUAGGUGUUGAAAUGUCUUCAGAGAAAACUGAGUGAAAGCUCAGCUCCCUUCAGUUUCAGCCUGUUGUACUAUACAUGACCCAGAUGACUGAGAAUAUAUACAGGUAUGUUGAGCUUCUUGUUCCCGGUUUAUUUUGAAAUGACUUUAUUAUCCUCUCUGGCUUCUUGGCUGUGAACACAUCAGAAUGUAUGAAACAUUUACAGAAUUGUGAAAACUUGUAAAAAAAAAUGUCCAUAGAAUGUUUAAGUAUCUUGUAUUCAUGUAUGUUGAGGUAGGCAUGUGUGUGGGUGUGUGUGUGUUUCAGCCCACAGUGGGAAGUGACAGAAGUAGAGGAUAGAUCUAUGAAAGAUGGGGAGGAGGCAGAGGUGGUCUUAGAGACAUAGUUUGGUUCUGACAAUCUGCAGCAACAUUAGUAGAGAUUCUCAAUCAUUCGUAUGACACAAUUAGAUAAAGUUUGAUUAAAUGUUGCUCCUCCCAAGCCUUAACUAAAAGCUGAUGUUAAAACUGUAAAUGAAAAACAGUUUUUUUAACAGGAGGUUUAACUUGAAGGAAUUUAAUCUGAUUCAUGACAGGUUAGUGCUAGAACUCAACACACCAACAAGCUCUGUGAGUCAUCCUACAGAUGAAGUGCUGCAGUUCCGAUCCAGGAUGAGUGAGACUGCUGGAGGGAAAGAAAAGUCACAGGUGGGGGCAACGAAAUCCUCCACUGGUUAAAGGAAAAAGAACGUCAGUGCAUGUUCUGUCUUAAAUACAGAGUCUUCUGGAAGAGCAGAACCUAAUUAAGGCAUGAAGAGAGUGAAGUCAGAGCCAUUGUGGCUGUAAAUCUGCCUAGUGUUCAGUCUGCUGACUUGAUGAGACAUGAACAUUUUAAACAUGUGCUGAUAGAAAUGAUAGACUGUAUGACAUGUUCAGUCAUUCACUCAGACUUUGGACUGGGGCCUGGAAAAAUCUAGUUUUUUCAGUCAUAGAAAACUGUAAUUGUUGAGCUAUUGACUAGCUAAUCCAUGGUCAAAACCUCAGGCUAGAAUUAUUAGUAAAAUAACAAUAUUGACUCUAAGCAGAUUGAAAAAUAAGACAUCAUUUUCUGAAGAGCUCAAAAUGUUUUUUUUAUUAUUGGUACAAAAUAAUCAGACAGUAGAAGAACUUCAGCCAUGUAUAAAUCCUAUGCUACAGAGAAGUCAUUCUUUUCAUGCAAACACAUCAAGUCAACAGCAAAUCAAAAAAUUACCAAAAAUAAUCUCAACAUGCAGUGCCUAUGAGAUUCAUUACAGCAUAGGUACAGUCAUUUCUAUCCUCCACCUCAGUUCAUGACAGUAUGCAACCCAGUGCAGGUCUGAAGGUGACAAGCCAUAAAACAACCCAAAGAGACGGAGCUGGAUGAUGUCUAUGGAAAAACUUCAUAGGAGGAAAGAAGGUAGCAAAUCAAGGCAGCUUCUUCUUGUGAUGAAUACUCAUGGCUGUUUCUUUUUAUCAACCCAUGUAAUGCCUUUUUCUGAACAACAUGAAAAGGGUCAUAUUUAGAGUAAGGACUUAAUAUUUUAUUAAGAGGACGUGCUUCUACCUUAAGGUCAGUGCUACAGGAACCUUCAGGGUUUUCAGCUGCUGUUUAGCCUGAGCAGGUCACCAACCACAGCGUGCUCAUAGGCCCACAUCACUAAACAGCUGGUGAAAACACACUUCUCAAUAAACAGCAGUCAGAAUGAGUCUGGACAUCCUGAUGGCAGUCAAAGACUGUUAACUACACCCUCAUGUGUGUGUGUGUGUGUGUGGUGGUGGUGGUGGGGGUCACGUCAUCACCACUUUAUUUAAAAGCUGUUGCUGCAGCUGUGAGUCCUGCCUUCUUUACGACUCAGACAGCUGAUCACUUCCUGUUUGUAAGUGGCAGUGAGCUCUGAUCGCUGCUGCAGGGAAACCUGGCUCACUUCUGUUUUUAUCCUGAGAAGAAACUUUUUUAAUUACAAAAAACUAUUUAGACCCUUUAGAGCAUUUUAGGUGAAGCACUGAUGAAGAAAGCAAUGCGUAAGAAGGAAACAAGGGUACAGAAUGAUGAUUUGUUUAGACUUUCAUCCAAAAGUGUUAAAUUAAUAUGCAUUUACACUGUGUGUCAAAUUUUUAUAUAUUGACUGAAAUAUUUCACUCUUUCAGGCUGAGGAAAAGUCAAGUGUUGCACUUCAUGUGAGAAAAUGUGCAAAUGAACAAAACCUCCUUCCUUGAUGGGGUCAUGUAGAGAAUUUACUGUUUGCAGACGACAAACAGUAAAUUUGUUUCUUCUGUAGGGAGAAUUCUUGUUCUGUUCCAGCAACCUGCAUCCCAACGCAGCUGCUUUCUGGACCUCUGCUUUAGUACAGAUCCUUACAUGAACGACCAUCUUGUUCCAUGCUUAAGAAACCCUGCAGCCACAGAUUCCUGUAGUACCAUGUUUCUAAUUUGAUUUGAUGUUUGUCCUACUUGGAUCCUGAUCUGCAGCAGAUGUCCAGAUUGAGCUGUCAAGGCUGCAGGUUUUCCUGGGAUCAGAAUGCCAGUCUGCUGGCUCAUAGCUGCUCUGCUCUUUACUCUGCUUGCUGUAGACACUUUGUAAAGAAUCAGACACUUUGUUGUGAAAGAUCACUAUUUUGAUUUUUCCCAACAGAAUUGCUCUGAUGUACAACAGACUGCUUUGCUUGUCUCCUGAUAAAUAUAUUUAAAAAUUCCCUUUUUACAGAGUGUAGGCAUGCAAAGACUUCACAUGGAAUUGCAUGAUUAUUCAACCAUGCCCUUUCACAACAGCUUUUCAUAGGAAGAAGAAACAAACAAAAAAGGGUCAAAGUUUUUAUUUUCAUGUGUGGGUUUGCUCAGAGCUGGUUGUCCUUCCUUUUGGGUUUCUAAAAACGCUUUGUACCAGAACCUUGUUAUGUAACAAGCCUGACGUAACCCAGGGUUACUGUCAUUAACUGUCCCAUUGCAGUGUGUGUAACACAAAGUCAAAACAAUACUGCACAUUUAUAUUUGAAUUAGGAAGAGCUGGACUGCUGAGGUCAGCCUUGAUGUUCACUGUGGAAAGGGCUACUGCUUUAAGCCAGAGCAGUUUUAAAAACACCUUUGACAGCUUUAUUAUUAUUAAUAUUGUGUUUGCAUGUUGAAACAAAUAUCACAUUUUUUAACAUUGAGUAAAACAUUUUGGACAGUAUGUUAAAGUUUCUUUUCAUUUUUGAAUGUCUCUAUGGUUUGUUAACUUUUCUGUGCAUGUGCAUCUUUCAUUGUUAUUCAUCUGCUUUGGGGGAAACCAACACAUUUGAUAAUGUGUCUUUAAUAUUUCCAUAUUUACCAUUCCUAUCAGCAAAUUUUAGUGAAUUCAUUACUGGAACUGAGUAUGUUUUCCUAUGCAAAAUAUACCAUUAAUAAACAAACUAUACUGAUACCAA